GUGUGGGGAGGGGAGGGGAGGGGGAGUGGUGGGAAGUGAUUUUUAUUAUUUUUAUCGUUAAAAUUUUGCUUUGCUCUGCAUUGUUUUGAGAGAAUAUCUUUCACGGCUACCGGUACCAGAACUAAUACGAGUAGAACUACUACUCUACCGGUAGAGUAUAAGCACUUAUGCCACUUUACAAGUACCAUGAUGGUAUCACAGAGGAUACGAUGAUUGUGUCGAGAUAUCGUAUAUAUGAGGAAAAGCCCCCAAGCAGGAGAGUGGAGGGAACAACCGAAUCAAUAAAUAAAAAUAACUCUGGGAUAGAGGAGAGGAAAGGUACUCGGGUAGAGCAGAAGCAGGUAGACAGGACAGAAACAAUUCCAUUGAAUAUUCCACAUGGCGUCGCCUAG